CUGCUCCCCACCCACACACGCAGCGCAUGCGCUGUCACACCGUGACAAUGUUCCGGUUAUGCAGAGUCAAGCCUCGAAAGUGGGGCUACAGACGCAGCGUGUUGACCUCUAAAGCCGUGUGUGUGCACCAGCAGCACAGCAGCAGUGAGCCUGUAGACAGCUACUAUGACAGGCUGUACCCCGGGCACAUCCCAACAAACCCCAUACAGAAAGCCUUGUUGGCUGUCGGGUCAGGGGUGGCUGCACUGCAGAACCCCUACAGGCAUGACAUGGUUGCUGUGCUUGGAGAGACCACAGGACACCUAGCCCUGAUAAAUCUCAGGGACAGGAUGAGAAACGACCCUGAGGGCUACACUGUCCUAACAGAGAGGCCCAGGAUCCGGCUGUCUACGCUGGAUUUGAAAAAGAUGGCCUCACUGCCUGAUGGCUCUUUUGGCAGAGAAUACCUCCGUUUUCUGGAGGAGAAUCAUGUGACUCCUGACUCCAGAGCAGAUGUGAAGUUUGUGGACAACGAGGAGCUUGCAUACGUCAUGCAGAGAUACAGAGAGGUCCACGAUUUGUUGCACACCCUACUAGGCAUGCCCACUAACAUGCUGGGUGAGGUGGCAGUGAAGUGGUUCGAAGCCGCUCAAACCGGGCUGCCCAUGUGUGUCCUCGGAGCUGCACUGGGGCCGCUGCGUCUCAAUACAAGUCGUCUGCAGCAGCUCUUUACAUCCUUGGGUCCGUGGGCUCUGCAGAGCGGUCGGCAGGCCCGCUGUGUCCUCAGCAUGUUCUAUGAGAGACGAUGGGAGCAGAGCCUUGAAGACCUCAGACAUGAGCUCAACAUCGAGCCACCCCCUAUCGUUUUCAGCCCCUCUAACCAAAAGAACACCUGAGAGAUGAGCAAUGGCCCAGGAAUGACUUGGUGAAGGACUUUCAAUAGCCAAGAAACCCAAGAUGUUUGAUGUGUGAUACUACGAUAAUUUGGGGGGCAGAAUGACUCCAUGAGAGAAGGAAUAACUGAUAGUAAGGAUUGUAUUCACUAAAAAGGAAACAGAGCCAGGGGAAAAUGCAAAGACAGACUCUGCUGCUCAGCUUGAUCCUGAUUCAUCUCUGCUGACACUCAAACUCCCAUCUCCCUUAUCAUCUAAAGGCAGCUUUUACUUGAAAUGUGAAUCAUUUCAAAUCACGUAAUUUCAGCCACGGACAUGUUGAGGUACUUUUGCACCUGCAUGAUGCAAGGUCCCAGUCAUUUGACAUCAAAGACUGUGGUUAGUCAUCAUGUAAUUAUCAGUGUGGUAGACAUUUGUUUGCAGGAUAGUCCGAGUCAUGUCUGCUUUCUUGCUGACUCACCCUGUUAUCUGUAAUCACACUGUGAAAACCUCAUCCCCCAUGUUUGCAGUAAUAUUCUUCACAUGUACUUUACUGUACUCUGGAUAUGUUGAUUUGCCUGUCACAAGAUGAGCAAUUUCACAUCAAGGUCAACAUAAAAAUAUGCUUCCAUAUUUCCAGAUUAAAGCAUUUUUUUCAUGACUAAA